GCAGAUAGCUCUAGUCGCUGUGGUGGACGGUGGUAAACAACGUGUUCUUUUGCCAGGCACGUCCCGGGAGCUACAGGAGACGUUGGAGAACCGGGUCCGAGUCUUUGUUUUGGUCUGGGAGGAGUCUUGAACCACAGCGACCCGAAACUGGAAUAUCAGAUCCUGAGUCGGAAGGAAGAAUAAUAAGAAGACAACGUACAUCGGUGACAACGUACACAUCGUGCCAAAAUAAAAAACAGCAGCCAGCAUGGACGACGAGCUAAUGUUCAGCAUGGAUGAGGAGGGCAGUGCCCAGAGACCCCCUGCCCAACAAAGAGGCCCAGGCCAGAGGACCUCCUCUCUCAGUGAUGCCAACGCCAGUGAUGAUGACGACGAUGAGGACCGCAUCCUCUGUCCCAUUCUUGGUGACCCAGUCAGGGAAAUAUGCCACUUCUUGAAGAAACAGGUUUACACCCGGCAGCUGUCAAACUCUCUUCCAAAGAGCAACUUUGUCUACAGGAACGAAACAGAAACGGUGGACGAACCACGAUCGUACAAGGUUAUAUCUGAGAGCGCACGGGAUGCAUGGAGACAUGCGAUCGAAAAGGCCAAAGCCAUGCCUGACCCAUGGGCGGAGUUUCAUCUGGAGGAAAUCCCCACUGAGCCCUGCGUCCGCUACAGGUACAAUGCCGUCAAAGGUGAAUGGGCUCAGGACCAGGUCCACAUCAAGAUGGCAACACAGCCCUUCGGUAAAGGAGCGAUGAGAGAGUGCUUCAGAACGAAGAAGUUAUCCAACUUCUCACACAGCAGCAACUGGAAGUCAGCGUCCAACUAUGUGGCCAAGCGUUACAUGGAAACAGUGGACAGGGACGUUUACUUUGAGGACGUCAGGCUGCAGAUGGAGGCCAAACUCUGGGGAGAGGAGUAUAACAGGCACAGGCCACCGAAACAGGUGGACAUCGUGCAGAUGUGUGUGUUGGAGAUGACUGACAGACCUGGUAAACCUCUCUUUCAUCUGGAACACUACAUCGAGGGCAAGUACAUCAAAUACAACUCCAACUCUGGCUUUGUUAAGGACGAUAACAUUAGACUCACUCCACAGGCCUUUAGUCAUUUCACCUUUGAGCGUUCAGGACACCAGCUGAUUGUGGUGGACAUUCAGGGAGUUGGGGACCUCUACACUGACCCCCAGAUUCACACAGAGUUGGGGACGGACUUUGGAGAUGGGAAUCUAGGAGUGCGAGGCAUGGCUCUUUUCUUCCACUCUCACCUCUGUAAUAGGAUCUGUAAGAGCAUGGGCCUGAUGCCCUUUGACCUGUCACCUUCAGAGAAGGUGCAGCUGGACUGCACCAACAAACUCCUGAAAUCAGCGAAGACGGUUCUGAGAGGUUGUGAGGAGCAGUGCGGUUCUCCUCGUGUUCGUACCAUGUCAGGAAGCAGAGCUCCUCUACUGUUGACCCGCAUGUCUGAGACUUCUUCAGCAGACGAGAACAUGAGCGACGCGGACUCGGCUCCUUGCUCCCCUCUCUCCCUCUCCUCACCGUUUGCUGCGUAUGGGUCCAUGACCAGGUCUCCUGUGGUUUCAGGUUUUACUGGGAUGAAUGAACACGAGAGGCUGCACAGUAACAACACAGGGGAGCGCAAGGAAAACGAGAGUGGCAGUGACAGUGGAUGCCCCAGUGAGAAGAGGAGUGAGGGCGACAUAAAUUACCCCCUAGAAGGGGGCCAUCAUCGACACCACAGACAAUAUUCCGAGUCAGAUGAGGACAGUGUCAGACGGCUCACGGAAGAAAAGUGGAGCUUCUACCAUUCGACCCGUGCUCAUGUUCACCGAUCAUCGUGUGUGGCCACUGAGGUGGAACGACUCAGCAGCUCAAUGCUGCAGAAGAAAAUCGGACAGUCAAUUCUUGGAAAGGUCCAUCUGGCGAUGGUACGGUACCAUGAAGCAGGACGCUUCUGUGAGAAGGAGGAGCAGUGGGACCACGACUCUGCCAUGUUCCACCUGGAGAGGGCAGCUCUGUGUGGAGAGCUGGAGGCUAUUAUUACUCUGGGACUGUGCUGCCUACAGCUGCCUCAUCACAUCCUGCCCGACAUGGAUCUGGAGGAUAAUGCAGGAAACAGAAUGAAAGGAUUCAAGUUUCUUCUGCAGGCUGCCGAGGCUGGUGACAGAUCUUCUAUGAUUAUAGUGGCCAGAGCUUAUGACACAGGAGACAAUCUGUCAGCUGACAGGAAGCAGGACUGGCAGGAAGCAGUCCACUGGUAUGAGAGUGCAGUGACAAUGACAGACUAUGACGAGGGCGGAGAGUUUGAUGGGGUGCAUGAUGAGCCUGGUUAUCUGCUGAUGGCCAGACAGGCAGAGAUGUUCCAAGUGGGAGGAUAUAACCUCAAAGCAGACCCACAGAAAGCAGGAGACUUGUUCACAGAAGCAGCAGAUGCCGCCAUGGCAGCCAUGAAGGGCAGACUUGCCAACCAGUACUACAUGAAAGCUGAAGAGGCCUGGGCGUUAAUGGAGGAGGGAGAGGACGAAGAGUAAAUCUGGAUACACAUUUACAUCACAGGAAAAUGCGACACGCAUUCAUGUGUCUGAAUAAUAGUCAGACAAGACAUUCAGGAAACAGCCUGGAUGGUUAACGGUUUACAUAUUUUUUAUUGAUUGUUGCUUUUCUAUCGGUGCUGGUGUGUGUGCCUUCCAGGAUGAGGUUCACUUUUCUUCCCUUCCCCCUUAAUGAAUCCUAAUUCCUGUGUUCUUAAAGUUUCUAUGUCUGGUUACCUUCUGACUAAGUGACUGUUGAAUGAAAAAAAAAAGUUGAACAAAGACAUUGUUUACCGACUUUUCUCCCAGACAUUAACAGACCUUCAUUAAAUGGAGUGUUAAAAAUGUUGGAGUAUAAAACUGUAAAAUAAAGUUUGAGUGGUUUAUCAGGGGAAAA